CCUCGCCUCUUCUUGAGCUUUGGCCUGGACACGCUUCCUUAGCAACGGUUGCCCCUGGCAACAGGAGGACGCGGUACCCGCAGGCUUGGUUUCCCCCCUGCAGGCGGUCGGUCGGGUCGGGUCGGAGGCCCAGGCUGAACCAUGUCUGAGAUCCUGUGCGAGUGGCUCAACCACGAGGUGAAGACGUCCCAGACCGUGACCCCCAAGUCCUUUGCCAAGGCAUUUUCCAGUGGCUAUCUGAUUGGAGAAGUUCUUCACAAAUUUGAACUCCAGGAUGACUUUUCAAAAUUUUCACAAAGCAGUGUCUCGAGUGCCAAACUGAAUAAUUUUUCUCGCUUGGAGCCAACGCUUCACCUGCUGGGUGUGCAGUUUGAUCAGAAGGUGGCUAGCAACAUCAUCACGGAAAAGCCUGGGGCGGCCACGAAGCUCUUGUACCAGCUGUACACGGCUCUCCAGAAGAAGAAGAAGAGUGGGCUGACAGGAGCGGAGAUGCAGACCAUGCAGCCCCUGAACACCAUGUGGCUCCAGAACAUGAAGAGCGAGGCUUUCCGCGAUAGACUUAGAAACCUGAUACCACGUCAAACUGAUUUCAAUCUGAUGCGGGUCACUCACAAGUUUCAAGAAAAAUACGUACAUAUGAAAGAAGAUGUUGUCCGCAUGCAAUCUGAAAAACUUCAAAAAUUCCAAAAACUCAAGGAACAACAAAGAUGUUUCAGUAUCGAAAAGCAACGCUUGAGCAGAAGACGACAAAAUGAAAUAAUGGCCAAAAUCCAAGCGGCCAUCAUACAGAUUCCAAAGCCGACAUCCAAUCGCACUCUGAAAGCAAUUGAGGCCCAAAAGAUGAUGAAAAAGAAAAGAGAGGCAGAGGAUGUGGCCAAUGAGAUUAUGGAGUUUGAAGCAUUACUAAGAAAGGAUCUCCAAGCAAAGGAAAGUACACACAAGGCUUCCUUAGAUACAGCAGCCCAGACAACUGCCGACUUGCUAAGCACUUACUCGGAUGAUGACUACAUUAAAAAAAUCCAGAAGCGCCUCAAAGAAGACGCGCUUGCACGAGAGCAAAGGGAGAAAAGACGCCGGAGGCUGCUGAUGGACCAGCUGAUAGCCCACGAGGCACAGGAGGAGGCGUACCGGGAGGAGCAGCUCAUCAACCGGCUCAUGCGGCAGUCCCAGCAGGAGCGCCGGAUCGCCGUGCAGCUCAUGCACGUCCGCCAUGAGAAGGAAGUUCUGUGGCAAAACAGAAUCUUCCGAGAGAAACAGUACGAGGAGAGGCGGCUUAAAGACUUCCAGGACGCUCUGGAUCGAGAAGGGGCUUUGGCAAGACAAGCCAAGCUCGAGUUUGAAGAACAAGCCAUCAAAAUGCGGGAAGUUCACGAGCACUUGGCUGUGGAGAGAGCUCAAGCGCUCUACCAGAAGCACUACUUAGCAUGCUCCGAGAUUCUGGAUCAGAUACUCGACUUGUCCACCAAAGUGGCAGAAUACCGGCUUUUAACCAAUAAUCUGAUUCCACAUAAAAUUAUGCAUGAUUGGAAGGAACUGUUCUUUUAUGGAAAGCCCAUUUAUGAGCAGGCCUCUAUUAAGGGUAUGCCAGCUAGGCCUUCUACAGAGCAACUUACACAAAUGGAGAAAAGGGACUUGCUAGAUAACAAUGACUAUGAAGAAUAUAAGAACAUGGUUGGAGAGUGGGCCUUACCAGAAGAAAUGAUUGAAAAUUUACCACCCUCCAACAAUUGCAUAUUGGGCCAUGUGGUUCACAGACUAACGGAAAAAUCUCUUCCCCCUCAAAUUGAAUCAAUAGCAUCUGAAGUGCCUUCAUGUGCUAUUAAAGGGUGCAUAUUAGGGAAGCCAUUUAGUGGAAAAACAACUGCUAUAAAAGCUCUAGAAAAAGACUUUCCUAUCCAGGUACUCUCUAUGGACACUCUUCUCCGAGAAGCUAUCAAAGCAUCUCAAGACAAUGAAACAGUGAGUGAAGCCAUUCUAACUCAGCACGAAGCCGAAGAAAAGGCUCUGUCACAUCUGCAUAGCAGCGAAAGCCAGAAUGAAAUUUAUAGUGCUAUUAAAACGACAAUAUUAAAACCUGUCUGUGUGUGUGUUUUCUCCCCAAAGGAUCUUCAAAGUAAAUUUUCACUUGAUCCACCUUCAGAAGUCUUUCCAGAAACAGAAGAUAAAAUUACACUUAGUUCUGAUACCAAUAAAACACCAAAAGCUGAAGAAAUCGAGUUAACUGACAGUAUCUCUAACCUCACUGUGCGUGCUCAGCUUGGUGCAAAAGCCGAAAAAUUGCUGAAGAAAGGAAAGAGCGUUUCUGACACAUUGCUUGUUAAUAUCAUGGUAAAUGCUAUCAAUCAGAUACCUGUGGAUCAAGGCUGGCUCCUCGAUGGUUUUCCGAUGACACUGAACCAAGCAGAGCUUCUAGAGCAAGCUCUCACAGGCUGUACCAGAAACCUCAUGGAACUGGAGGAAAAGAAAGCAAGAAUAUUCACACUGGCUGUUGAUCCUAUAACUGCCAAAGACGUGCCUUUGUCCCCAGCUAUAUUUGAUUUUGUCAUGUUAUUAGAUAUUUCAAAUAAUUUCUCACUGGAUCACAUGAAUGACAUCAUGGCUAAAACAUUUUCAACUGAGACUUCUGAAGAUGUCAAUCAACGGGUAGCCGCUAGAAAACCAGAUACGGGUGUUGACCAGAAUUUAAGUGACCAGAUACAGCAUCGGAUUAUAGGUUUCUUGGAAAACUGGCCUUUAUUGGAGCAAUGGUUUACAGAACCAGAAAAUAUUCUGAUAAGAGUUAAUGCUGAAGUAGAUAACGAGUUUUUAUGCCAAAAAGUGAAAGAAGUGUUUACGGGUGAAGUGAUUAAAAAAGAGAAUGAAGUGAAAAGGAAGCUAGAAGAAAAGGAAGCUGCGAAAAGGGAAGCCGCUGCCCUGGCUGAGGCUCCACCUUUGCCGCCGCCUCCUCCGCCUCCAGAGCCAGAAAAGGAGAAGGAAACGCAUGAGCGCCCCAAGGCUUCUGCAAAAGGAAAAACCGCAGCAGAACGCCUGCAUGGUAAGCAAGACUCUCCUCCGGAAGGAAAGGGGAAGAAAGGUGAUGCUGCACUCAAAAGAAAAGGUUCUAUUAAAGGAAAACUGUCAGGAGGAAAAGGAUCAGGAAGAAAAUCACCUCCUGAAUCCACAGUUCUGUCACCUACUCCGGUAGGGCCACCACCACCUAAGCCAGGAUCAGAAGAAUGGGUCUACGUGAAUGAACCAAUCCCUGAGGACAUGCCUUCAUUCUUAGUACCAUACUGGGAACUAAUAGAACGGUCCUAUGCAAACUCCAUCAAAUUAGUUCUGAGGAACCUGCGAGAAGACCAGCACAUUGUGCUUGCUUUCUUGUAUGAGAUUCGCACGAGUUUCCAGCAGUUUCUAAGACGUCCAGAUCAGAAGCAAGAUUUUGUAUCUCAAUGGCAGGCUGAUUUCAACUCUCUUCCUGAGGACUUGUGGGACGAUGAGGAAACCAAGGCAGAAUUACACGAAAGAGUGAAUGAUCUACGAGACCGCCUGUGGGACAUCUGCGAUGCCCGAAAGGAGGAGGCAGAGCAGGAGCGGCUGGACAUCAUCGGCAACAGCUGGCUGCAGGACUCCACUGGGAUCCUGAUUAACAACUUCUUCUCCCUGAUGCAGGCAGAACUGAACCGUUUUCAAGAUACAAGGAGACUCCUUCAAGAUUAUUACAAGGGAAUGGAAGGCAAAAUCCCAAUAGAAGACAAUAAGAAAUUUACUCGCCUCCCAUUGGUCCAACUGGAUACUAAAGAGAUUUUGGAAAGCCAGUUUAGAAUCCCUCUAGUUUCUCGAACAUCCAUUUCUACGGACUUAGCUGUCUCCAAGCCCAAAUCAAAAGUCAUCCUGAAGGGCAAGACUGACUACUCGCUGGAGAAAGUGGAGCUAAACUUUGAGACUGAUGAGAAGCUGAUCAUGGACACCUGGCAGCAGGCUUCCUCUGCCAUCUCUCACAUGGUGGCCGCGGAAAUCCAUCAGAGGCUCCUGGAAGAAGAAAAAGAAGCCCAGCCAGCAGAAACCAAAGAAAAGUCUCCUCAGACCAACGUUAACAAAAAAGCCAAAAAGGAGCCACCCAAGAAAAAAGUCGCAGACAAAAAAGAGAAAGGUAAAUCACCACCUAUAGCAGAGGCCACUCCUGUAGCACUAACCCCAGAAGAUAUGCUGGAAAUGGAAAAGAAGAAUGAACUGAGGCAAAAAAUAAAGGAGGAACAUAUUGCUGCCCUGCAAUUUGAAGAGAUAGCCACCCAGUUCCGACUUGAGCUGAUAAAGAUCAAAGCGUUGGCUUUCCUUGAAGAUCUAGUAACAAAGGUGGUGGAGGUGUAUAAACUCCUGGAAAAAUGGCUUGGUGAGCGGUACUUGCAUGAAAUGGCCAGUGUGGAGAAGCUCACUGAGAUAGCUCGCUAUCACAUUGAAACGGCUACGAAAAUUCAGAACGAACUUUAUUUGGACCAGGACGGCUUCUUCAUUAAUGGCGACAUCAAAGUCUUCCCCGACGCCCCUCCUCCGGUUCGCCCCCCGCCCGUGGAGAAGGAAGAGAAUGGCACCCUGACCAUCGAGCAGCUGGACACGCUGCUAGACCAGUUCUUGGACAUCGCACCCAAAGGCAUCAUAGGAAACAAACUGUUCAUGGACAUCCUUCUGGACUUGGUGACACUGAACCUGGGGACCAACAGCCUUCCCAACAGUUGGAUGCACCUCACUCAGCCUGAAUUUCAGGAGUUGACAUCUUUAAUAACAGUGAACUCAGAGCUGGUGGACUGGCGGAAAUUCCUGUUAGUGACCUCGCUGCCAUGGCCCAUCCCCCUGGAGGAGGAGCUGCUGGAGACCCUGCAGAGGUUCAAGGCCAUAGACGAGGAGCAGACGGGCAGCGUCACUUACGAGCAGUACAUGCAGGCUGGUCUGUGGUUUACAGAGGAUGAAGAUAUAAAAGUUCCAGAAAAUCCUAUUGAACCGCUGCCAUUCAAUAGACUGGAGCAUCUCAUACAGUUCUUCUUCAGGCUCUUCGCCGACCCUGAGACAGAGCCACCGCUGCUUGACUACACACAGAUGCUGCUUUACUUUGCCUGCCACCCAAACCCUGAGGAAGGGGUAUACAGGGCCCUCAGUGUGGCCAUUGGGACGCACAUCUACCAGCCAUUCGAACUGGUUCCUCUUCCUGUAGACCAGAGCUACUUCUUUACUGAGGAGAGUCUACUUCGGGACUAUUCUGGAACAGAGAACUUCUUUGAUGCAUUAAGGGUUUCCAGAGAGGAAAGUGAGGAAAAGGAACGAGAAAUUCCUGAAAAUCCCAACACUGAAAAGAUUUCUUUGGAAACGCUGCUCAACGUGUUCCGAGGACAAAACAAAGCCCAGGACGCCGACAGAUUUGCCUUCCACCUGAAGGCAGAGAACACCUACUUAGAGAACUUCAUAAAAGUAUUUGAGGACCUGGGUGCCAAGAAUCUGGAGCCGAUCGAAGUCGCAGUUCUUUUGAAGCAUCCUUUUAUUCAAGAUCUGAUUUCAAGCUAUCCAGGCUAUAAGAUCCCUGAUAUUAAAUUGAUUCUGCAAAGAAGCGAGCACGUACAAGGAAGUGAUGAAGAGAGAUCUCCCUCAAGACUGACAGAGGACAGGAAAUGAAAACAAAAGAGCGUGAUGGUUACAAUUUGGCAAUGAAUCCUUCAACAUCCAAUGCAAACAUGGUGUUUGCCAUGUAUGUUUUUGUUGUAAGUGUAGAAAUGACUUCUACCAGGUUAUGAGGGGGGUUUCUUUAACUCAGAGAAUAUUCUGUAAUAAAUCUUAAGUUUCUGAG